GGUGGUCGGUGAGGCGCGGGCGGGCGGUCGGUGAGGCUCGGGCGGUUGGGCGGUGAGGCUGGGCGCCGCCAUGCUGUGGGGUGAGGGCCUGCUGGUGUCCUUUAGCGGCCUCCUCGUCUUUCUGCUCCUGGUUACGCGCAGCACACAGCUCUCCGUCGUCCUGACCGGCGGCCUCUACCUCCUGCUCGUCCUUUUCAGGUUCGAGCCUAUACCGGAAUCCCGGGCACAGCAUGUGCUAAAGCCCCAGGGGAAGGUGUCUACCAUCGCCCACAGAGGAGGAGCCCACGAUGCCCCUGAGAACACCCUGGCUGCCAUCAGACUGGCUGCACAGAAUGGAGCAGUCGCAGUGGAGCUAGACUUGGAGUUCACUAAAGACCGAGUACCUAUUCUUAUGCAUGAUGACACGGUAGAAAGGACAACAGACGGCUUUGGGAAAUUAAGUGACCUUACAUUCGCUGAAGUUAGAAAGCUAAAUCCUGCUGCUAACCAUCGCCUAAGACACCUGUAUAAGAAUGAGAAAGUUCCGACUUUGAGGGAGGCCGUUGAAGAAUGUUUACAUCACAAUCUAGUGAUUUACUUUGAUGUGAAAGGCCAUGCGGCUGAGGCCGCAGAAGCUCUCAGGAAGCUGUACAUUGACUUUCCACGCCUAUAUAACUGCAGCAUUGUCUGUUCUUUUGAACCAAGUGUCAUUUAUAAAAUGAGACAAGCAGAUAUCAAUGUAGUCACCGCUUUGACGCAUAGACUGUGGAGCCUUAGUCAUCUUGGAGAUGGUAAACCUCGCUUUGACUCCUUUUGGAAGCAUUACUUCUAUGUCUCAAUGGACGUCCUGCUGGACUGGGGGCUGCACCACAUCCUGUGGAAUCUCUGUGGAGUAUCGGCCUUAUUAAUGCAGAAGAAUUACAUAUCAAUAGAUUACGUGGAGAAGUGGAACAAGAGAGGCGUUGAAGUGGUGGCCUGGACUGUCAAUACGGCCACAGAGAAGCUUCACAGUGAGCACGUCCUGCACAGUAACUUCAUCACUGACAGCAUGGUAGAGGAUUGUGAUCCUCAUUACUGAAACGCCCACCAUAGUGGGGCCACCAUCAUUUAUGUUGUUGACGUUUUUGUCUUAAGAUGGCUUACCAAGUGUGGUCCACCCGAGCCUACCUCACUGGGGACAAGCCUUCUGUCACAGAGAAGGUGGACCCCUAGUAAAGGUGUGUAAAGUAAAACCUCAUCCCUAUA